CUACUAAACGUGCUGCAUAGACGAGGAAACAAACCGUGUGGGGUAGGAACCAUCUUGCUAGUAUUUACUCUUUGGUUGGUCUUCAACCACUCGGGAUGUGCUCGCUUUAGCAGUCCGCUUUUCCUGCACCGCAGACAGCCUGCUGGUACUUUUAACUUCAACAACAGUUAUGGCACAAAUCAGCAAAACUGAAAAGGUUCAGCUGCACGCGCCAGAUUUGGAGGAACUGCGUGGAGUACUGCAAGCAGGACUGGAAGACAACUUUGCAGAAGUGCAGGUGAGUGUUGUGGAGUGUCCCGAUCUCACCAAAGAGCCCUUCCACUUUCCUGUCAAAGGCUUGUGUGGAAAGCCUCGCAUCACCGAUGUUGGUGGUGUGCCGUACCUGAUCCCCUUGGUUCAAAAGCACAAGGAAUACAACAUGAACACCAUAUCAAAGGAGCUGGAGCUGCCAGGAGCCUUCGUCCUCGGUGCAGCCGCUGUUCCCAGCAGAGUUGUGGGAAUGAAUGCAGAGAUGAUGCCUCUGGUUCUGACCGAAGCGGAGGGAAGGCCUGCAGUGAACGGCAGCUACUUCGCCUCCAUCAACCCGGCCGAUGGCCGGUGUCUGCAAGAAAAAUACAGCAACAAAUUCUCUGGCUGCAGCUUUGGGCUGAUGGGCAAUCUGUACGCCUGUGAGGGGAAGUCUGGAAAGGUCAUUGAGGUGCGGGCCAAGAAGAGAACAGGGGCCCACAGUCUUGUGACGGCCCUGAGGAGCACUCUAGAAGGUCGCUACCCUGAUAAAAGCCUGGCUCUGGGGGGCACCUUUAUCAUCCAGAAAGGGAAAGCCAAAAUCCACAUCAUGCCAAGAGAGUUCUCGGCCUGCCCCCUCAACACCAACGACGACGUCAACAAGUGGCUCAAGCACUUUGAGGUCAGCGCCCCGCUCAUCUGCCAGUCGGUGCUGGUAUCCAGAGACCCCGGUUUGGACCUCCGCGUGGAGCACACCCACUGCUUCAGCCACCACGGAGAAGGGGGCCACUACUACAUAGACACCACCCCCGACAGCGUGGAGUACCUGGGCUACUUCAUGCCGGCAGAGUUCGUCUACCGCAUCGACAGGCCCGAUGACACCCAUGGAGUUGGACGAGAUUGAAAGGCGAAUUAAUGAAUACGUCGCGCUUGCAGCACAACAUCUCUCGAUGGUCUCGAUUAAUCAAGCGGUGUGUGAUUUAUACUAAGUUCUGUGUGUUCUUUAAAUGCGCGGGAACAUUUUUCCAAUGAAAACGCAACAUUUCUUUGAAAAUCUCUGCUCUUGAAUCACAAAUCUGCACAUUUCAUGUAAUAAAAACAAUGUUGAAUUCA